AUGAACCGCUUUAUUCUUGUGCUCCUUGGAGCACUCCUUUUGGUUCAGGCCUACCAUGUCAAGAAACAUCAGAAGUUGAGGACGUAAGUGUAAAUAUGGGAUGGGAUGAGUGGAGGCGAUCAGAAUUUGAAUAGUGUGACCUUAUAACCUGUUUUAAAUGGAGUAUCUGCAAGAAAACUACCGGGAAUUCUUGUUUCAUCAUUCCCAAAUUAUUCACAAAAGUUUAAUAAACCCGAUAAUACAAAGUCUAAUAAGUUUUUUCAACUUUACCAUUUCAUUUGGUAAUGUUGGCCGAUAUCUCAUAAAAAGCUCAGAAAUCGCGCUUAUUGACCCCAUUCUUCUUGAAAUCAGGCCACCUCAGGUCACAAGACUUGCUUUCCCUCACUCCAUCCAAAAAUCCGAACAACAAAAAGCAAGUGACCCCCAACCCCCCGAGGCGCUCCCUCUCGGUCCCUGGCGUCAGUUGUCGACCUCCUCAUUUUGCAGGAUCGCUCUGAAGAAGCAGCCGACUCUUCGCGAAACUUUGCUCAAAGCCGGAACCUUCGAGUCGUUUGCCAAGCAUCGACACAACUUCCAGCGCAAGUACCUCAAAGUCAAUGGAUACACUGGCAUGGAAAAGUAUGACAAGAUGGGACACGCCAAGCCCUUGGGAGAGAUUGAUGAACUCUUGAGAAAUUACAUGGAUGUAAGAGCGUUUUUCUCAGAGUUCUAAUAAUGAGUCAAUUGAUUUUAGGCUCAAUACUUUGGAACCAUCUCUAUCGGAACUCCAGGACAAAACUUCACCGUCAUUUUUGAUACCGGCUCCUCCAACCUUUGGAUUCCAUCGAAGAAGUGUCCAUUCUACGACAUUGCAUGCAGUAAGUAUUUCAUCACUGAUAGCGUUCCCAUCGUCACUGAUAACAUGCCUGUUUUUGACAGGUUGAUGAUGGUCACUAUACAAACAAACUUUAUGUACAUAUUUUCAGUGCUCCACCACCGCUAUGACUCUAAAGAGUCGUCCACCUACAAGGCCGAUGGAAGAAAGAUGGCCAUCCAGUACGGAACUGGAUCCAUGAAGGGAUUUAUUUCCAAGGACAGCGUGUGUCUUGCCGGAGUCUGUGCUGAGGACCAGCCAUUUGCCGAGGCUACCAGCGAGCCGGGAAUCACCUUUGUCGCCGCUAAAUUUGACGGAAUCCUCGGAAUGGCCUACCCGGAAAUCGCCGUUCUUGGGGUCACCCCUGUCUUCAACACGCUUUUCGAUCAGAAGAAGGUCCCAUCCAACGUCUUCUCCUUCUGGCUCAACCGCAAUCCGGACUCGGAUCUUGGUGGAGAGAUCACUUUCGGUGGAAUCGACGCCAGAAGAUACGUAGAGCCAAUCACCUACGCUCCAGUAACCCGUAAGGGAUAUUGGCAGUUCAAGAUGGACAAGGUCGUCGGAUCGGAUAUCCUUGGAUGCACCUCUGGCUGCCAGGCUAUCGCUGACACCGGAACUUCGCUCAUCGCUGGACCAAAGGCCCAGAUUGAGGCUAUUCAGAACUUCAUUGGAGCCGAACCGCUUAUCAAGGGAGAGUACAUGAUCAGCUGCGACAAGGUGCCAACCCUUCCGCCAGUCUCAUUUGUGAUCGGAGGACAAGAGUUCAGCCUUAAGGGAGAGGACUAUGUGCUCAAGGUCUCGCAAGGUGGAAAGACCAUUUGCUUGUCUGGAUUCAUGGGAAUCGACCUUCCGGAACGAGUUGGAGAGCUCUGGAUCUUGGGAGAUGUCUUCAUCGGAAGGUACGCCGCUCGUAUUUUAUAUAUUUAAACACGAUUUUCUUUUUCAGAUACUACACCGUCUUCGAUUUCGAGCAGAACCGUGUCGGAUUCGCGCAAGCCAAGACCGCCGAGGGACUUCCAGUAGAGCCAGCUCCACGUCCGUAUCGCCCGAGAUACACCAGCGAUGACGAUGAGGAUGACGAGUCCAGCGAGGAGAACUAA